AAAAUGUGGUACUUAAUAGCUGCCCAGUGUUCGUGACAAAACAAUAUCCGCCGCUCAUCCUUCUUCCUUCAACCCGCUUCGACCCUUGCAUCGUGCUUCGAAUCGAGUCCCCGAAAGAAUUGGCAGUCAGGCCCAUCCCUUUCUCUUGUUAAACGCGCCCGUUGGUUGACGUAUCACCCAUAGGAUGCCGUUGGUUCCGUCAGUGGAACCCAUGCAAAUCGACGCCGAGGAUGGCAACGAGAACAUGGGCGAGUUCCGAACGCCGCAGGCCCAAGACCCCUUAGCCGGUGGAGGCGGAGGAGGAGGUGCGCCUCAACCGCCCUUGGCCAUGGUCGAGAAUCCCACCCUUGACCUCGAGACCUACGUUCAAGGUUAUUCCGGAUUGGCUCGCUUAUCCCGUUUGAUGUUCGUGGCUCAGCACUGUCCCUGUCUCCGAUUGGAGGCCUUGAAGUUGGCCCUUCAAUACGUGAUGAGCACCUACAACACCCAAAUGUACGCCCAAAUUCAUCGCAAGCUCGUGGAAGCUCACAAUGCUUUGAGUGGACCGGGUUCGGAUUCGGGUCCAAAUGCCAAUCUGCCGGAUUUGGCUGCCGGUUCCUCUGCUUUGGAGAAGAUCCCUCCUUUGGAUCAAGUGUGGAUGGACCAGAAGGCCAAGAAGGCCGCGCUCAAAUUGGAGAAGCUGGAUACGGACUUGAAGAACUACAAGAGCAAUUCCAUCAAGGAGAGCAUUCGUCGCGGUCACGACGACCUCGGAGAUCACUUCUUGGACUGUGGUGACCUCAGUCACGCCCUCAAAUGCUACUCGCGAGCCCGGGACUAUUGCACGUCCGGUCGUCACGUGAUCCAAAUGUGUCUGAACGUGAUCAAAGUGUCGAUCUACCUGCGCAAUUGGUCGCACGUGAUCUCCUAUGUGAACAAGGCCAUGUCCACGCCCGAGUUCUCGGAGGGCACCAUGAAGGGCGUAGAUAGUGCUUCCAUUGCCACGCGACUUCAUUGCGCCUAUGGGCUGGCGGAGUUGGCCAAUGCCAAGUACAAAAGCGCGGCCAAGCACUUCCUCAAUGCCAAUUUGGAUUAUUGCGACAUCCCCGACAUGAUGUCAGCCCAGAAUGUGGGAACGUACGGAGGUUUGUGCGCCUUGGCCACAUUUGAUCGAUCUGAGUUACAGCGUCAGGUCAUCUCUUCGUCCAGUUUCAAGUUGUUCUUGGAACUGGAUCCUCAAUUGAGAGAGAUCAUCUUUAAUUUCUAUGAGAGCAAAUAUGGCAAGUGCUUGAAACUGUUGGAGGAAUGCAAACCCAAUCUCAUGCUGGAUAUCUACUUGGCAUUCCACGUGUCCACGCUCUACACGAUGAUCCGGAACCGCGGCCUCGUACAAUACUUCAGCCCGUUUCUAUGCGCCGAUCUCAAACUCAUGGCUUCGUGUUUUAACACCACUCUGUUGGAUUUGGAAGACGAAUUGAUGACCCUCAUCUUGGACGGACAAAUCCAGGCCAGGAUCGACAGUCAUAACAAGGCCUUGUACGCCCAGGACGUGGAUCAAAGAAACGCCACUUUCGAGAAGGCCAUAGAAAUGGGUCAGAUGUAUGAGAGGCGUGCCCAGCUUUUGGUGUUCCGGUCAGCCCUUCUGAAGAAUAAUGUCAUUGUUAAGACCAAUUCUCGAUCUUCCAACAAUGAGCAAGGCGAUCCUGUUGUGAACUAAGAGACCUUUUCUCUCUCUCUCUCUCCUUGUCUACCCUUGAUACCCAUGAUAAUUGGGUGGUAAUGAACGAUCCAAAGUGUGAAAUAAAGCAAAACAAUCUGGUUCGGUCUGGAUGUAUUUUAAACUUA